AUGGUUAAAAAUACUACUUGUGAUAGAUGUAGUCUAAAACUUUCCACUUAUCAGAAAUAUCAACAACAUUUAAAUCGACAAAAUCCUUGCCGCCCUAAGAAUCUUCCUCAAGCUCCAAUUCCAGUGCAAAAUGCAAGAAACGUUACUCCAGAGCAAAAUCUGCCACCAGCCCCCGAAAGCGAUCUCAUAUUAUUCGAUGAAAACCCACCAAUGUUUCAGCCAACCCAGCCGAGAGAGGCAGUCGACCCAGAGAUAGGACCUAGUAUAAAGCAAAACAAAACUAUCCUGAUUUAUAAAAAUAUACCAAAUGGAAUCGAGUUUUAUGAUGGAAAAGGAAAAUGGUAUGGAGUUAAAGAAGAUUUCC